UGCAGGGUGCAGGGUGGGUGAGACUUCAGACUCUCGGUCCAUCCGUCCUUCCCUCCGCCCUGUUCCCACCCUGAGAGUUUGCGCUGUGACGUAUUUACUGACAGGAGGGCGCGAGUUUUCACACAGGUGCCUCAUCUGCUUGCCAGUGCGACUAUUCGUGAAGAUAAACCGCGCCUCUUCGCUCUUGAGAACAUCCUCACUAGUUGAACAAGAAGAUCAUACUUUUUUGCGGCUCAGAGACCAGGACAGAGCAGGACUUUGUUCUUGAUUGUUUAUUUGAUCUUCAAACUUUUGGAGACAGAAAAGUUUUUGGAUUCAUUCCCUCGUUAAAAAAGAAAACAAAAAAGGAAAGGAAAGGAGCGCACAGAGUCAAAGUUUUUGUCUAGUGAGGAAACCAUGCGGAAUCGUUUUAACGUAAAUGUGGCAGCUUUGCUCUUUGGAUGCCUGGUUUGCCUUGUUGUGACCUCUAUUGUGAAUGCAGAUGGUGGAGUGUUUGUUUUGGACCUGAGGAACUCCUCCGGAUUUAAAGGCUUCAGUGUUGCUGAAAAGGCCUGUGCCUCAAAAAGUGCCCGCCUGGCAUCCCUGGAUGAGCUCCUCCAUGCUGUGGUGCAGUGCUUCUUCUCAGAGUGCACCCGCGGGUGGCUGCAUGGAGGAACGGUUGGGACCACCGUGUGUAAUGUCGCAGGUGGCUCGCUGAGAGCGGUAGACGUGAGGACAGAAAACGCCACGGAGGACGCUGCACACCUGGAUGCUUUCUGCAUCCAAGACAAGGCUACACCCUGUGGGGACCCGCCAUCCUUUCCCUACGCUCGUCUGCAGGAGCACUCCGGGUUUGAGACCGGAGAUGAGCUGCUGUACACGUGCGCGCCGGGUUAUGCGAUGCCCGGAGGAGACACUUCCUUCAGCCUGCUGUGUGACAGCUGUGGGGAGUGGUACGGGACAGUGCAGAUCUGUGUCAAAGAUCAGACUGAAAGCCAUGUAGACUAUGAGGACAAGUACUCAGAUUCCUAUGGAGAUGCAGAUCAUAGCCUCGAGAGUCAAGAAGAGGUGCAUGGAGAAACCCACCAACAUGGUGGAAGGAUUUUGGAGCGGCAAGAGUCAACACUCCCGGUGAAAGUUCAACAAAAACAGCAUCGAGAACCUGACAUAAGAGGCAAGGUGACUUUCCAUUCCAGGCAACCUGAAGGAGUAGUAGAGGAAGGAGCUAAACAAGAGGCUUCUGACCAUCAUCUCAUCGGGCAUCCGAGGCAGGAGCAGGAGAAAAGCGAGGUGGUGAGAACUGAAACAGCUGCAGCAACAGAGGAACCUGUGUCUGUUCUUUCCCAAAAACACAUGUUCUGGUUUCCCUCUGAGGCCUUCCAAGAGGAAGGAUAUCCUGUCUCCACUGACUCAUCAACACAGACAACACAGAGGACCUCUGGGGCUCUAUCUGAGGAGAGUAAGGAACACAACAGUCAAGAGGUGCCUGACCAUCAGCAGUCUAUCAAUGUUGACCACCACCACGACGAUGGAGAAGACGAUAACAACCGUGAUAAAGGUGAUACUGAUGAUCACGACCAUUAUGACGACCCUGACAGCCAUCAGGAGGAAGAUCAGGAUGAUCAUACGAAGCACCCGGCUCUCCACGAGGAUUUGGAACGACCGGACCACCCCACCACCAGCCGUGAGGACCAUGACGACCAUUAUGACAUGGGAGAACACGAGGAAGAACCUGAUCGUGUUCUCUACGGCAGUCGGGAGUACGAUGAUGGAGAUGACACUCCUGAUGACCACCACAGCAUUGAGGACCAUGAUGUAGAGCAUCCUGAUGUCUCUAAGGAGCAUCCUGAUGACCGUGAUGAUGUUGAUGACCAUCACGAUGACCAUGACGACGAUGAGAUCCAUGAUGAUCGUGAUAGCCAUGAAAGUGACGGGGGUCGCCCGCAUGAUAUAAUUUCUGUGGCAGCAGAAAAGCACCAGAAUGUUACCCAGAGAGGAACAGGAGGAAAGGCCACCAAAGCCGACACCUGGCUGGACAGCUACCCUGUUGCUCGAGAAAAAACAAAAAACGGGGAAUCCAAAACAGGCACAAAUGUUGUAAAGAUGGCAGACAGACCCAAUGAGGUGGAAGUCCGUAAACCGGUUCCCAGCUCACAAAUCGAGCACGACUCUACUGGCAGGGGGCAUGAACUAGAUCAAGGCGGGGUGGGAAAGGUGCAACUUGGUGCAGCAGGUACUCCUGCUGCCUUCCCUGACCUAUUAGAGCCCUCUGACUCCCCCUCGUACUCUGACACCUUGGAUUAUGACACACAGCAGGCGGCUCCCACCCGCUCCUGGCUGGAUGAUCUCACUGAGCAGCCUUUUCAGGAUCAUGGCCCCGCUCCUCCAGUGCACAACGGUGAGGCCUUCACCGGAGUGAUGGGGGGGCAAACGGUGCACAACCUACCUGGCGAAGCCGGAGAGAGAGGCGAGUUGGAAGGAGACAUGAGGGGGACCAUGUGCACGGGGGAAAACUGCCCUCCUCCACCUCCAGUCCCCUCCGGCCGAGGCCCCAAGGUGGCUGCCAUCAUUGUGGCGGUGUGCGCUGUUGCCACGGCAGUCAUGGUUGGGGUGUGGUGCUACCGACGGCAGCAACAAAAAAGCUCAGCCUACGAAAUGAAUGGGAAGGGCCAAAGUCAAAUCACGCAGAGCCAACAGAUAGAGAUGCAGCAAAAGGUGUAGGAGCGCGGAAAGAGGACCCAAACUGCAGAAAAACAAGACUUACUGCCAAAUCCAUCCAUCUUUCUCGAUAUGACCCACCAUUAUUUCUAUAUUUCUCCAUCUAGCUGGACACAUCAUUAAACUGUGGCUCAACUCCAGAUACUGACAUAAAUGAAAUUUGGUAUGUAUGAAAAACAGAACAUAAUAUAUAGGAAACAGAGACUAUAAGGCUCUUGGACACUGUGGUGAAGAUUGUGUUCGCCUGCUUUUUAUUUUGUUUAUUCUACUACUGUACUUAACGUUUCUCAUCAUAGACGUCAAUAUUUAUUCACCUUUUUCUUAGUCUGUCUUUUGGAAAAUAUUUCCUGAAAAUAUUUGUCUGGUGUCAUAACUCAGCGUUUUUCUAGCAGCAUUUUGAACAAAAAAUAACAAACUAAGAGGCGCCUUAGCCUGUGUCUGGGAAGCUAGGAACAAAAGUAAUAAUCACAAGGAGAAAGCUAUGAUAAAUUUCAUUGAUUCCUCUGUAGAUCUUGACAAACAGUUGAAAAAAGUGCUUAAAUUAAUUUGUGUCUCAUUUUUGUGCAAUCUGUUGACGUAUAUAUUUUUAAGUUUCGAAUGCAUGUACCUCUGGGAUUUAAACAACAGCGAGUGGUGCUGCCAUGGCAAUAAAAACCUUCGUCUUGAGGUUCCAGUGUAAUACUCAGAUUUCCAUGUAUAAUAUAUCCCCUUGAUGAUUCUGUAAUAGAAAUGUAAGCUUUAAAACACUAGAUUUGGGAUCCUAAGGCUGGAACUUUUUUCGAUAUUCUUCACCUUUUCUGCUUUUCCAUCAGCUUUUUUCUGAGAUAUUUUAGCCCGUUUGCCCCGAGGGACUCCACUAGAGGCAAUAUCUCCUCUUAGCACAGAAUCUUUCAGGCUCUUUCACCUCCCUAAUGAGGUGAGAACAUCUUUGAAAGUGUUUUGAUUUUGUCCUUUUUUAUGGCAUAUGCUGUUCAUAAACAGGUAAAAUUCAUCCUCUGGAAGACAAUAAGGAACUAUUUGGUUAUUUUAUCUUUGAUUAGCGUAGAAACUUCAAGAUUUUCUUGAAAUUUAAAUAAAUGGAUUUUUUUUGUAUGGAAAUUUUAGUUUUCAAGUUUUGUCUUAAAAACAAAUCGAUGAUAGCGCUAAAAUGCAAAUCACAUCAACAAAUCAAUCAAAGCAAUAACAAAUUAAAGAUCACAAUGUGAUUUGCACUUCAGUGCUACCGUAUAAAACAGAACGAGAAAAGAAAUAUACAUUUAUGAUAUUUAUUUUUUUCUCUUUACAAGACAGUAUAGA